AUGCGGCCCUCAGAUAUUUGGAAGGCGCAUGCAGGUUCAUCACAGUCAGAGGGUUCAGUGCUGGAUAUGGAGAGAAACGAAUGCAGCCAUAAUUGUUGUCCAUCUCCUCUCCAACCAAUUGCCUCAGCUGGUCAGCACUCUGAAAGCAGCGCUGCAUACUUUUCUUGGCCUACAUCUACUCUAAUGCACGGCUCAGCUGAAGGCCGCGCUAAUUACUUUGGGAAUCUACAGAAGGGUGUACUACCAGGACAUCUUGGUUGCUUGCCAAAGGGGCAGCAAGCCACCACCUUACUUGAUUUGAUGAUUAUAAGAGCCUUCCACAGCAAGAUCCUGCGCCGCUUUAGUCUUGGUACAGCAAUAGGCUUCAGAAUCAGGAAAGGGACAUUGACUGACACACCUGCCAUCCUUGUAUUUGUUGCUCGGAAGGUUCACAGGAAGUGGCUCAGCACUACACAAUGUCUUCCAGCUGCCCUUGAGGGACCUGGGGGUGUGUGGUGUGAUGUUGAUGUUGUUGAAUUUUCUUAUUAUGGUGCACCGGCCCCAACACCAAAGGAACAAUUGUAUGACGAGCUUGUCGAUGGUCUGCGUGGUAGUGACCCAAUUAUAGGCUCAGGUUCACAGGUAGCUAGUCUUGAGACAUACGGGACUUUGGGUGCCAUUGUGAAGAGUCAAACUGGCAAUAAACAAGUAGGGUUCCUUACGAACAGGCAUGUUGCGGUUGAUCUGGAUUAUCCUAAUCAGAAGAUGUUCCAUCCACUGCCUCCUAAUCUUGGACCUGGAGUUUACCUAGGUGCCGUUGAAAGAGCAACAUCAUUUAUAACAGAUGAUGUUUGGUACGGGAUCUAUGCUGGAAUGAACCCAGAAACUUUUGUCAGAGCUGAUGGUGCAUUUAUACCAUUUGCUGAUGACUUUGACAUUACUAGUGUCAGCACCUCGGUUAAAGGAGUUGGAAUCAUUGGUGAUGUAAAGGCAAUUGAUCUUCAGUCCCCAAUUGGCAGUCUCAUUGGGAGACAAGUUGUCAAAGUUGGAAGAAGCUCUGGUAUGACAACAGGGACUGUUGUGGCAUAUGCUCUUGAGUACAAUGAUGAGAAGGGAAUAUGCUUCUUCACUGACUUUCUUGUUGUUGGGGAGAACCAACAAACAUUUGAUCUUGAGGGGGAUAGUGGAAGCCUUAUAAUUUUGACAGGACAAGAUGGUGAGAAGCCGCAGCCUAUAGGGAUUAUAUGGGGUGGUACAGCUAAUCGAGGAAGGUUGAAGCUAAAAAGUGGUCAGGGUCCAGAGAACUGGACAAGUGGAGUUGAUCUUGGCCGCCUCCUUGAUCUCUUGGAGCUUGAUCUAAUCACAACAAGUGAAGGGCUACAAGAGGCCCUGAAAGAACAAAGAAUUACUCUAGCUGCUGCGGCAGUGGCGGCUAAUUCCACUGCCACAGAAUCACUUGUUGCUGUCCCUCAAGAAAAUGAUAAAGUUGACAAAAUUUAUGAGCCUCUUGGAGUCAACAUCCAGCAACUUCCCCGAGACAGUUCUGCCACCUCGACGGAACAACCCUUUGGUCCAAAUGAGAAUGUCGAAGAGCGCCAGUUCAUCCCGAACCUCAUUGGUAUGUCUCCAAUUCGCGAUGGUCAAGAGAGCAACGGCGAGCUGAAUAACCUGACGGACCUGGAGAAUUCACCCGAUGACAUUUGUGUUUCUCUGCAUCUGGGAGAGCGGAAACCAAAGCGACUCCGCUCUGAUUCGACGCUGGACAUAGACUUGCAGAAAUGAGAGUACUUUGCGGUGAACCUGUUGCGGUAUGCUGCUCAUUAUUCCAUCAUCCAGCUUUUGUGAAUCAUUGAAGGGAAUUUGUGCUCACAAAGGAAAUAAUCUAUUUCUGGAUUACUGGGCUUGUUCUGCUUGGAGCGAGUUCAGUUGGGAAGCUCCUGAAGCUGGUUGCUCCUGCAGUUUUGCGUCUAGUGUCUAGUAUGCAGUCCUUCCGUAAGAUGCGGGCAACUCAGUUAGAUCGAGGUGCCUUGUUCCUUGUCCAUGUCAUCUUAUCAUUUAUUGUAUGCUUUGUGUAGUGUAUGUACUACACAAUGCAUUGUAAAAUUGAGCAACAGCAACAAGAGCCUGAGGAGCUUAGGCGCUAGCAUUGUAACUGCAACCAGAUGGAUUGCAAUAAAGCUGAACUUUUUAGGAACUAAA